AUGGGAGAUCCAUUACCAUUAAGACUAGCACUGCCUGAGCUGAGGUAUCCGAUUGGAUCAGAGCCAGAGAAGACGAUAUCGAUAAACCAACACUCGAUAGUUGCUUAUAUCAAAACUGUUAAGGAAAUUCUAGGAAAUGAUGAGUUCAACAGAAUAAGAGGGACGUUUUUGGGACCGGUGAUCAAGCUUGGAGAGAGGUCUUUGAAAUUAUCAGCUAAGAUAGUGCACGCAGUUCUCACCAAAAGCAUCAAGACAGUGAAGAGACACGAAGCAUGGUUCCAUUUUGGUGCUCAGCCAAUGAGGUUCUCUAUAAGAGAAUUCCACAUGGUGACUGGUUUGAAAUGUAGUGGUGAAGCAAGAGAACCACGAGAGGGGACCGAGAAAUUUAAGUGGGACUUCCUAAAAGGGCGUACUCAUACAGUAAAGGACGUGGAGAAGCAGCUCAGAAACACAAGAGAAGAUGCUUCUGAUGAGAGAUUCUGCCUUGCAAUGCUCCUCCUGAUUGAGAGCAUACUACUACAGAAGAGCCUUCUCGACGGUGGCACAACUUUUACUUUGGAUUAUGUGAAAAUAGCGCAGGAUAUGGAUGUCUUGAUGACAUACCCAUGGGGGAGAACAGCUUAUAAUUUGCUGUUAAAAUCACUUCAGAGAGCUGUCGACAAAAGCCUCGACAAAAACAAUUAUGAUUUGCAAGGGUUCCCUAUGGCAUUUCUUAUAUGGAUACUUGAGUCAGUACCUUUGCUACAGUAUGCAUUCAGUCAAGUUGUUCCUAUUCUGAGCGUUCAACCGUCUACCCCAAUAUUUUUGUGUGAGAAGUACCUUCAAAUAGCUUCUCCACAGCUGAUAGAUGUUCUCCUAAUUGAAAUCAAAGAUCAUCUUAAGGUCACAUGCAUCCUACCUCCUAUUUCUAAUGAUCCAGAAGCUGAUGUUUGCAUGGAAGACGAAGCUAAUAAAGAUCUGGAUGACAUGGCCGAUUUAUCCAAGAGAGGUUAUAAGUUUAAAAUUAGAGAUUGGCGAAACAUGUCAGUAGACCUAUACGGUGCUAAUGAAGAAAUAAGAAGAGCAUCUUUACUGUUUGGGAAUGGAGGGAUGAGUCAAGCUUCUACUUCGUAUCAGGAGGAGUCUUUGGAAUCAAAGAUCAACAGAAUCAGCGAGAUGGUGGGAGAUAAUUUAAGGAUCAUGAACGAUCGUUUGUGUUUGAUUGAAAAAGACAGGAAACAGAUUAAAGAACGUGUGACAAAACUAGAGAAACUACAAAGAGUUACUUCAUAUGGAACUCCAAACAAUGAGGUAACUUUUUUGGAAGAUGUUAUACAUAUUUAG